AUGGCACACGACCGCGGUCAGCGGGGCAAGGCGAGGCUUGCUCGACCCCAACCCUGCCGAUAAGCACCAUGUCUAUCGAUGAUCACGAACCUCCUCCAAAGAGGAAGCUCGGUGAUGAUGAGUGUCGAGGUCCAAGCCGAAUUUCAGGCUUCGCGAGCUAUAUAAGGUUCGACGCCGGGCUGUCGUAGAAUCACCGACAAGCUCAAGCGUCUCAAGCCAUCUCUGCUGCUCCCUCUUCGCCAUGAUGAGAUCUCUGCUACUGCUCGGCCUUCUCGGCGCGUCACUCCCCGCGCACGCCCACCCUGCCCAGCCCUACAAGGCCGGGCUCCGACGUCGGACGGUAGACCUCAACUCAUUCCGCCUCAAAGAGACGGCUGAAUACAGCAACAAGACGGCGACGAGCUCUAACAAAGCUGCCAGCCUUCUCAAACGCGAUUCGUACGUCGACACCGCGACCGAGCUUGUAAAGAGUAUCGCCCCGGGCGCUACUUUCCGCCUGGUCGACGACCACUACGUCGGCAACAACGGCAUAGCGCAUGUCAACUUCAAGCAGACCGCGCAUGGUUUGGACAUUGAUAAUGCUGACUUCAACGUCAACAUCGCCUCCGACGGCACCGUUUUCUCAUACGGUAACUCAUUUUUCACGGGAUCUAUUCCCGAAGAGAGCCCACUGAAGAAGCGAGCUUUCUCGGAACCCACGCAGGCGCUCGCGGGAGCCACCAAGGUUCUCGAGUUGCCGGUGACCGGAGAAGCUUCCGCGGAGGCCGCUGAGGGAACCGAGAUUUACACCCUCAAGGGGACUUCGGGUGCUCAGAAAGACCCCGAGGCUCGCCUGGUCUACUUUGUCAAGUCCGAUGGCAGCCUAGCCUUGACGUGGAGGGUAGAGACGGAUAUCCUCGACAACUGGCUAUUGUCGUACGUUGAUGCGAACACCAACGAGGAAGUUCAUGGUGUGGUCGACUAUGUUGCCGAAGCUUCGUACCUUGUCUAUCCGUGGGGAGUAAAUGACCCUGACGUGGGCUCUCGCAAGGUUGUAACAGACCCGUGGGACCUGAAGACGUCCGAGUUCACGUGGCUAUCGGACGGAAAGACCAACUAUACGACAACUCGCGGAAACAACGGUAUCGCGCAGACCAACCCUGACGGAGGUUCGGAUUACCUUAACAACUACCGCCCGACAAGCUCGUCUCUUAAGUUCGAAUACAAGUGGGAUGCGACAUUAACUCCGCCUUCAACCUACGCGGAUGCUUCAGUCGCCCAACUCUUUUAUACAGCGAACACCUACCAUGACCUGUUGUACGACCUCGGCUUCACUGAGGCGGCAGGCAACUUCGAGUCGAACAAUAACGGACAAGGCGGCAAGGGCAACGACUUCGUCAUUCUCAACUCGCAAGACGGCUCCGGCACCAACAAUGCCAACUUCGCCACGCCCCCCGACGGACAAAACGGACGUAUGAGGAUGUACAUCUGGACUCAGUCAACCCCCUACAGGGAUUGUGCCUUCGAAGCUGGUGUGAUCAUCCACGAAUACAGCCACGGAUUGUCUAACCGUCUAACCGGCGGCCCCGCCAACUCCAAUUGUCUGAACGCGCUCGAGUCCGGCGGUAUGGGCGAGGGCUGGGGUGACUUCUUCGCAACAGCCAUCCGCCUACAGCCUGGCGACACCCGAACAACCGAUUACAGUCUAGGCGCCUGGGUCUACAACAAACCCGAAGGCAUCCGAAACUACUUGUACUCGACCAACCUCAAUACCAACCCGUACCAGUACACGACGCUCAACACGUACAACGAGGUACACGAUAUCGGUGAGGUGUGGGCCACGAUCCUAUACGAAGUCCUAUGGAACCUCAUCGACAAGCACGGCAAGAACGACGGUGCCAAGCCCGAGUUCGACAGCAAAGGCGUCCCGACCGACGGAAAAUACCUGACCCUCAAGCUUGUGGUUGAUGCUAUGGCCAUCCAACCAUGCAACCCCAACUUCAUCCAGGGACGUGAUGCCAUUAUCGACGCCGACCAGGCAUUGACCGGCGGCGAAAAUGUCUGCGAGCUCUGGACUGCCUUCGCUAAGAGGGGUCUUGGUCAAGGUGCCGCAUACUCGAGCAGCAGACGCACGGGAAGCAACACAAUCCCGAGCGGAGUCUGCUAAGUGUGCUGUAAGCCAGACUAUAUGUAUAAUAUUUACACGAUAAAAUAGUUUUCAGUCUCUUGGUUUAUAUGGAGGUUCUGGUUUUAAUGGUAGCUUUUGCGGAAAAGAAUAUCAAGUCUUUUCCAAGAUUAAAGUUCAUCAUGCCUUAACCAAUUGCAAGAACCAAGAAGAACUUUAUAAUAUAGUUAAUAUGAACGCCAUCAAAUGAACUUUUCUCGUC